AUGGUUGAAGAUAAAGAUAUAGACUUGAAUAUUAAUAAUUUGAAAAUUCACGAUGCGCCAACACGAACACCACCGGUAAGCCUGCCACCAGCUUUACCAACACCACCAACUCCCUCAGGGAUUCUGCUCAACACUACAAUGCAAGCUAAAUUGAUGGCCUUUCAACAACAAAGAUCGAAAGCAGCAGCAGCAGCAGCAGCAGCAGCUUCAGUUUCAUCAUCAUCAUCAGGUACGCAGGCGUCAUCGUCAUCUAUAUCAGCUUCAACAUCGGAAUCGAGUGUAUCAACAAUACCAGCAAAUAUUAACCGAACUGUAUCGGGUAAAAAGAAACCCAAACCAAACUUGAAAUUAAGUGAUUUACCAUUGUCACGUAAUAAUAGUUUACACCGUUCUAACACUAGUGCUAGUGAUUCAAGUGUGACUACGCCAGAAGCAGAUACCCCUACCGGUAAGAUUUCAAAUGAACCACAACCUCAAGGUUUGUUUGCUAAUUAUUCUGAUUAUGUUGAUAUAAAAUCAGGUCAAUUAAAUUUUGCUGGCAAAGCAUCAUUACAUUCUAAAGGGAUUGAUUUUCUGUCUGGGUCUUCAUUUAGAGUUUCAUUAGAUGAAUUUGAGUAUUUAGAAGAAUUGGGCCGUGGAAAUUAUGGGUCUGUACUGAAAGUCUUACAUAAACCCACCGGUGUAUUGAUGGCAAUGAAGGAAGUUCGAUUGGAGUUAGAUGAGAAUAAGUUCACGCAAAUACUAAUGGAGUUAGAUAUUUUACAUAAAUGUGACUCGCCAUAUAUUGUUGAUUUUUAUGGGGCUUUUUUUGUUGAAGGUGCAGUUUACAUGUGUAUUGAGUACAUGGAUGGAGGUUCGUUGGAUAGAAUAUUUGGUAACGAUGUUGGUGUUAAAGAUGAAUAUGAAUUAGCCUAUAUCACUGAGUCGGUUAUACUUGGACUUAAAGAAUUGAAAGAUAAACAUAACAUUAUUCAUCGUGAUGUCAAACCCACUAAUAUUUUAGUGAACACCCAGGGAAAAGUAAAGUUGUGUGAUUUUGGUGUGUCUGGUAAUUUAGUUGCCUCAUUAGCCAAAACAAAUAUUGGUUGUCAAUCAUAUAUGGCACCGGAAAGGAUCAACACUAUGAGACCUGAUGAUGCCACUUAUUCAGUUCAAUCAGAUGUUUGGUCAUUGGGGUUGACGAUAUUAGAAUUAGCUGUUGGCCAUUAUCCUUACCCUGCUGAAACAUAUGAUAAUAUUUUCUCGCAAUUAAGUGCUAUUGUUGAUGGUGAACCACCAAAACUUUACCCAAAGGUAUACUCCAAGGAGGCACAAAUAUUUGUCAAAUCUUGUCUUGCCAAAAACCCAGAUUUAAGACCAUCUUACGCGGCAUUAUUGAAUAAUCCAUGGUUGAUCAAAAACAGAGGUAAAGAGACCAAUCUUGCUCAGACAGUAAAAGAUAGAGUAGAAGAAAUUGCGAAAUUGGAGAAGAACAAGAGUGUCAGUCGAAGCAACAGCAUGAACAAAUCAGCAGCCGCAGUGCCUCCUCCGAGAAAUGUUGAAAGUGUUCAAUCAUUAUUGAGAAACAAAGUGAAGGCUCCGGCAUUACAUAGAGGUGGUUUACAAAAAGUGAAUAGAAGCUUUCUUAAUAAUCAUUGA